UGCCAAACACCAUUAAACCACAGAAGAAGUAGUUCAGUUUCACCGUGCUCUCUGUUGUUUUGUGAUGAUGCUGGCUUAAUACAGACUGUUAUACAUGUGCUUUCUGUAGAAAAAUACAGUUUUUGAAUCAGAUCAGCAAAUACCUGUAAUAUUCUCAUCCUCAUUGUCGUUUUCACGAAAGCAGGAAUAUCUGGUGGAGUAUCAUCUGAACUGAGAUCUGCUGCUGUGAAGAUGGUGUUUGUUAAAGAGGAGAGUGAGGAGAACAUGAUUAAACCAGAAACCUGCAGAAUAAAACACGAGGAACCAGAACCUUUGAGAAUAAAACACGAGGAACCAGAACCCUGGAGAAUAAAACAUGAGGAACCAGAACCUUUGAGAAUAAAACACGAGGAACCAGAACCCUGGAGAAUAAAACAUGAGGAACCAGAACCUUUGAGAAUAAAACACGAGGAACCAGAACCCUGCAGAAUAAAACAGGAGAAAAAAGGAGAGCUUACUGAAGAAAGCGAGGAGAAUGAAGAAUUGAGUGAAGUUGCGGAAGAAAAUCACGUCAAACCUGGAGAAAAACCUUUGAGUUGUUCUCAAACCAAAAAGAAAAAGAGAACGGAUAAAUCUAUCAUCUGCACUCAGUGUGGAAUGGGUUUUGCAUACAAAUAUAAUCUUGAUGUUCACAUGAGAGUUCACACCGGAGAGAAACCUUACAAGUGUUUGCACUGUGACAAGAGAUUCAGUCGGUCAGGAGAUCUGAGAAGACAUGAGAGAAAACCGUGCAAGUGUUCACACUGUUGACACAUUUGACAUGUAUCAUUUGUAGUUAACUUACUCUUUCAUGAAGGAAAGCAGCUUUCUACAAACUGUUCUUAUUCAGGAAGCUGAAGAAGAGACUGUAACACUUUUGAGAGACAAGAUUUGUUUUUAAUUUGUUCUUCAUUGUUGUUUUUUAAACCACUAGUUCUUCUUCGAUGAUGUAUUUAGAAAACAGAUAUUGUCAUGUAGCUUUGUCACUGGUUGAUCUGUGCUUCUCUUGUAAGAACAAUGUUACCUGAUGUUACCUGAACCUGGUAUUAAACAAGCCCGGGGGCUGAAUUACGAUAAAACGUAGUAUCUGACGCUAUCAGUUCUGCUUCUCAGUACCAGAGAAACUAAGAAAAUACACUUAAAAUGUAUUAUUGGUACAUAAAUGUUUUCAAGCUAAUUGCAUUUUGUCAACCGUUUCUAUAUGCGAUAAUAUCAAGACAUUCAUUUAUGAUGUGUUUUUUGCUAUUUGCAAUCCAGAAGUGAGAUCUCUCUUGCGUUUUCAGUCUGAGAGAUUAAUCUAAUUUCAUUUUCAAAUUUGAGUUUGACUUCCAAGAAUUAUGAAAACAAUGGGCUUCAUUCAUGAAACACGAGCAGAGCGAAUUUUUGGGUAAAUCGUUCGUAAAGCCGUUCUGACAUAAACUUUCGAAUUCAUGAAAAUGUUUGUAUUUUCAAAGCGCUAGUUGUACGAAAGAAAUGUACACCUGCUCCCCACCACAUGUAAAUGGGGCGUAAAAUGUUCUGUGUUCUUUCUGGCAAACUGAUGACACUGAAUUUUGAUCCACUGCCAUAAUAUUUUACAAGUUCGUUUGCUCUGGGGUUUUUUUUUUUUUAAGUUGCUAAAUUGUUUAGCUUUGGGUAAAACACAGCGCUUGUCACUGUCACUUUACUACAGCAACCAAUCAUCCUACUUCUACAACAACUGAACAACAAUAGAUAAGUUAAUAUUGCUGGUUACUGCAUUUUUAUCAUAGCAACCAAAACUUCUCAGCUGGAAAAAACACUGUGCCACCAAAGCAUUCUCAAGCGCCACCAGCUGGCCGUUUUAUUUUUUUAGUAUUCAUCAAAAUGAAUUAAAACAGUGAAAUGCAAACUCAGAAUAUGACCCAAACCUGCAAUAAUUAAAUAUGUUAAACGACACGAAUGUAUCUAAUCCCAUUAUUAACCAAUGUCUUUCCUGCUGACCUUUGAUGAUCCGGUUCAACCAAACUAAUAAGCAAAAUGACUUUAGAUAAACUAACAAUUGU